UUAGUCAUUUUGUUAAUUCCACGUCACUAUUAUUAACGACGAAAGAAACUUUGACUAAAAAUGUCCGGUUCAAGACUUAUCAUAGGGCAAAAAUGUAAUUUGGCUCAACAAAAAAUUUAAAUUAGUCACAAUCGCGGUAUCAAUGGCGGACUUGGCUAACUGGAAUUCAAUAUUCUGAUCCUACGGCCAUCGUUCCAACAACAAAGUUUCCUUCGCGUACAAGCUUCCAUUCUUUUCUACUCCUCAGCUGGCUUUCAUAUUUGAUAUUUCUGAGGUUAUGUUUUGAUUCCAUCCCUUGGACUCCUCCUCUUCUGUCGAUUCUUUUGGCGGUAGGCGAACAGAUUCUAUUUCCUUGUUACCAUUUUCCUUCCAUUUUUCUUCGAGAUUGCAUGCACAAAAUAAUCGGUCGUAUUAUUGGUGUAAUUUUCUGUUCUGAGGUGAUUGAAUUGAGUGCCUGAUAUUCAAUUACUUUCAUGGAUUCAUUUUUGGGAAACACCGUGAUGAAGUUGGCUUUGAAAUCAGACCCUGAAGAGCAUCGCGUUGCAUUGUUUGUAUUACUUCUUUGUGCUUGUAUUGUAAUUGGGCAUCUUCUUGAGAAAAGUCGUUGGAUAAAUGAAUCAGUCACUGCAAUUUUCAUUGGUCUUUUCACUGGAACUCUCAUCUUAUUAACAACCAAAGGCAGAAACUCACGUAUCCUAGUGUUUAGUGAAGAGCUUUUCUUCAUUUAUGUUCUUCCACCCAUAAUUUUUAAUGCUGGGUUUCAGGUGAAAAAGAAACAGUUCUUUCGGAACUUUCUAAUGAUCAUGUUGUUUGGGGCUGUUGGUACUGCGAUUUCAUUUUUCAUCAUAUCACUUGGUUCACUACAUAUAUUCAAGAAAUUGGAUAUUGGCUUCUUAGACGUGGGCGAUUAUUUUGCCCUAGGAGCAAUCUUAUCAGCCACAGAUAGUGUUUGCACUUUGCAGGUGCUUAAUCAGGACGAGACUCCUUUACUGUAUAGUCUAGUCUUUGGUGAAGGUGUGGUUAAUGAUGCUACUUCUGUCGUGCUUUUCAAAGCAAUCCAGAGAUUCGACCUCUCUCACAUCACCUCAUCCAAUGCCAUUCAGCUUCUUGGAAAUUUUUCCUAUUUAUUUUUUAUGAGCACCUUGCUGGGAGUGAUAGUUGGGCUGUCCAGUGCAUACAUCAUAAAGAAACUGUACUUUGGCAGGCACUCGACUGAUCGGGAGGUCGCUUUGAUGAUUUUAAUGCCUUACCUUUCGUAUAUGACUGCUGAAUUGUGCAAUCUUAGUGGUAUUCUUACCAUGUUCUUUUGUGGGAUUGUCAUGUCCCAUUACACUUGGCAUAAUGUGACUGAAAGUUCAAGAGUGACCACCAAGCAUACUUUUGCAACGCUCUCAUUUGUUUCAGAGAUUUUCAUCUUCUUAUACGUUGGCAUGGAUGCCUUGGAUAUUGAGAAGUGGAAAAUUGUUGGCCGAAGGCCUUGGACAUCGGCUGGUGUGAGUCUAAUACUGCUUGGUUUAGUCCUUGCUGCAAGGGCAGCUUUUGUAUUUCCGCUCUCGUUUAUAUCGAACUUGACUAGAAAGUCUCAGAGUGACAAAAUUGGGUUUAAGCAGCAGGUUACAAUUUGGUGGGCUGGGCUCAUGAGAGGUGCUGUGUCUGUGGCCCUUGCUUAUAAUCAGUUUACAAGGUCAGGGUACACACAGCUGCAAGAGAAUGCGAUUAUGAUUACUAGCACGAUCACGAUUGUUCUCGUCACUAAUGUGGUAUUUGGACUCUUAACUAAACCCAUUGUAAGGUACAUGCUUUCACUGCAUGAUACACCAAUAGAUGGCACAUUUGUAGCAGCAGAUUCUCCAGUUAAGUCGCUGACCGAUGUUCUUUUGUCCGGUGGUGAAGAUGUCGAAGCCGAUGUUGGAGAAUCGAACAUUCCCCGUCCUACCAGCUUACGUAUGCUGUUAACAACUCCAACUCACUCCGUCCAUUACUAUUGGCGGAUGUUCGAUGAUCGAUACAUGCGUCCUGUAUUUGGUGGAAGAGGCUUCGUACCUUUCAUCCCUGGCUCACCAACUGAGAAGUAUAUCCACUGAUGGCAGAUUGUAUAGCAAACACAUGAAGUUUUGUAGCACAGCUAUUCUUUAGAAUAACAUGAGGAAGAGUAAGUCAUAUACAGCUAUACAGCUAGAAGAUGGCACA